AUGCACUCUAAGCCCGGGAGAGGGCAGGAAGCCUCCAGCCCUGCCCCCGGUGUCCACGUCAAGUUCAUCCCGCGGCUCUCCUCGCUGGCUGCGUCUUGUCUCUUCCUUCCUGUGGGCUCGCGCUUGGCUGCCGUCCUGAAUCCCGCUUGGGACUUGAGAAUCUGCUCUCGGAAUUACACAAUAGGUCGAAAAGCAGGUGUUCCACUGGCCGGUUAUUGCUUCCUCAGUAACCGUGAGCGGAAAAGUGUAUCAGAUAUUCUCGGUUCUCUAGAAGAUACUUCGUCAGGCACCGGAUCAGGAGAAGAGAGUUCUGAGAGCAGUUCUGAAACAGAAUCUGAGAGUGAAGAGUCACAGCUGGAAGCAGGAAAGUCAAGUGAGGAGCAGGCUGAGUCUUCUGCUGAGGAGUCUUCCUUCUCCCAAGGGGAAGACCUGAGGAAGGCACAAUUCCAGGGUCCUUUCCCAUCAUUUGACGUCCCUCCCGCUCACUGUGAACACUGCAUCUCCGAAAACAAGCAGAAUGAGCAGGUGAUGCCCAGGCUGCUGUCCAGGGGACAAUACUUGCUGAAGGUGGACAGUGAAGGAACAUACCAGUGUGCCCGGACGGGGCUCAUUUUUGAAGUCAACAACAAGACUGACAUCAGAUACUCCGUUUUGUCGUGGAGCAAAUACGCCAACUUAGUGGUGAAGCCGUGGAUCGUCGGCGGGCCCUUGUUCGACGUGAAAUGUGACCCGGCCGUUCUGGGGUCCAUCCAGUUUCCCCACACCCUCUGCUUGGGCUACCAUGAUUCCUUGAUGACGUUCAAGGUGUUCCACAUCACCAAGUCUGGUCCCUCUCUCGAAUCGAUCGUGGAUCACUCGACCACCCACGUCAAGUGGCACGUGAGCUCCCUUUCUCCAGUGGGGCCGGUCAUUCAAGCCCAGGAAGCCGUGCAACACCACGGGGUGGUGAUUUUGUACAAAGUGAUCGACAGCCACCCGUCCUUGUCCUUCCGAGUUUACGUCGCCACGAAUAACGACUCCUUCAUCAAGGUGAGGCCACGGAGAAUGCCUUCGCGAGUCCCCUCCGCUCGGUCACCCUGCAUCGGAGGCUCCUUCCAAACUGGCCCCUAUCAAGCAAGGGAAGACGUGGGGUCCUCUUCCAUCUGCCACCGUAGCAGGGUGAGUGAGCCCACCAUAGAGCGUAGUGUGGAUGGGCGCCUCCUUUUGGACUCGACUGUUGUCCUUUUUGGUGCUGUUUGGUUAACAGGUGACUGGAUCCAACACGAUCAGAACCAGAAUAUUCAGAGAAACAGCACGAACUCUAACAGAAGACGGAAAAAAAGUGACAGUUCACCUGAAGAGGAGUAUCAGGCGAAGAGAGCAAAGUACACUGGGAGUCCAGAACCCGCAGAUCAGGAGAAGGUGCUGUCAGAGAUGCAGUUGAUGACUCUGGCCAGGAAGCUUGGAAAAGAGUGGAUUCAACUUGCCGUCGGCAACUUGGGAUUAGAAAUUGCCGACAUCGAUACCAUUCAGGAAAAGUGCGAAGAUAUUACGGUUUGCAAGUUCAGAAUGCUGAAGAAAUGGCAAGAGAAGGUGGCGAACAAUGGCACAGCCAAGAAUUUGUACAACCGCCUGGAAAGCGAUGCUUCCAUCGAGGUCCGGGAGACGCUGAAAGGUUUCUUGGAGCAGAUGUGAGGUCUUGGAAGAGCCACUACAAAAACAGAAGCCUCAGGGAGCUCUCCAAACUUUCCUCAGACCGUCCCAAGUACACAUCGGUUAUGCACCUUUGAGAAUACAAGCCCAUGAUGGAACUGUUCAAAAGACAACCAUAUUUCCCCGAUGAAAUAAAGCUGGGGAAAAAUGGAAGAUAGCCUAAAGAAGCCAGAAAACGGCUUCAGAAAACUAGGCAAGAGCCCUAGAAUGUUAAGAAAGGUCUUCCUCUUUCACUUUUGGCC